AUGAUUACUUGUUUGCACAAGAUGUACAAACAUUGAACAUUUGCAGGCCAGAACGAGAGAAGGUCAGAUGGCGACAUACAGCAAAGGGAGAGGUAGCCGUGGACAUGCGAAAGAAAACGACAUUGCCCCACAAAAGCACAUCAUCGUUGGUGGGGAAUCGAUGCCAGUUCAUUGGAGUAUCUUUCCCUAGCGAGACGGGUCGGUCACUCACUGGUCAUCCCGACAAACCCUGCGCUCCCGCCAUCCCUACCAAUUGCAUAUCCACUCUCCGCUUGGAACGCUCUAACAUGACUACAUCACGCUUGUCACUUGCUCUUCCAUCCACACCACAUCCACUCUCCAAGCAGAAUCCGCGUCUGCGCCAGUGCGGGAUGAUGAACCUUUUAAAUAUUUUUAUUAUGUCACUACUAAAAAUAUUGUAUCAAACCAGCAAGUCUGUUGAGCUGACCUGGUCAAGCCCUUCCUCAAAAGAUGAAAUGUCUGCCCGCCGUUGCCGGAGUUAUACUCUCAUAUUGGACUUAGCUGUCCCUUCGCCGUCAUUCACCGCGCAUCCUAUUUGAUAUCAAAUGAACGCCUCUUGUCACGCAAUAGUCCCUUCAAAUCGCCAAAGAUUCAGCAGUGACAUUUGAUAUCGCCAAUCCUUUCUUUCUUGGGCCUACGAGCUGUUGCUGGUUGACAUCCCUACCCCCAUCUCAGAUCGCCCGUUCUUAAUUUCACCAAUCCGCGGCUACAUCGAGGUCUUCCUUUUCAUUUCCUGCUCCUAGAUCUGGGUCCAGGUGCCAGACGCAACCCUGGUAU